CGUUUAACUUAAUUAUAAUUUUCAUAAGUAGUAAUAGACGUACAUACGAUUUGCCAUAAUAAUUACAUUUUUACGCUUCACAUGAUUCCCUUCUUGGAAAAGAAAUAUUUUUAAAUAAGAAAGUAGGAAAAAGUUAAACAUUUGGUAUCGCAAGAAAAUUCUACAUUGAUAGUACAUCUUAAGUACAUCUUAAAUAUAUCUAAUUUGAUUGUAAUUUGUAUUAUAGCGACAAUUCAGAGGCAUUUAAAGUCGACGAGAAGAACUACACUUUUGAGCAAUUGAGUAUGUAUUGGAUACGUACGCAUCCAAGUACGUUGACGAGGAUUGAGUAGUGAAUAACAACUAAUAGGGUCCCACAGUUUCAGAUCGUAGGGAAAUCUUGAGUGAUUCUAACAAGAUAAACGACAUUAAACAGCUGCAGAACAGUUGGGGAAACAGAAUGAACGACAUUGAACAGCGCCACAACGAAUCUAUUCAAUCCCCUGAACUUUUUAGAAAUAAGGACAACGCGGAGAAGCAUAGUAACAUGAAGAAUUACUCGUGCCAAUUUUGCGACCAGAACUUUAAUUUGCAGGAAGAAUUGAAUCACCAUAUGAAGAUAAUCCAUGAACUACCUAGUUAUACCUACAACGACAGUUCAGAGGCAUUUAAAGUCGACGAGAAGAACUACACUUUUGAACAAUUGAUUUCAGAUCUUAGGGAAAUUUUGAGUGAUUCUAACAAGAUAAACGACAUUAAACAGCUGCAGAACAGUUGGGGAAACAAAAUGAACGACAUUGAACAACGCCACAACGAAUCUAUUCAAUCCCCUGAACUUUUUAGAAAUAAAGACGACGCGGAGAAGCAUAGUAACAUGAAGAAUUACUUGUGCCAAUUUUGCGACCAGAACUUGAACUUCCAGGAAGAAUUGAAUCAUCAUAUGAAGAUAAUCCAUGAACUACAUAAUUAUCCCUACGACAACGAUAGUUCAGAGGCAUUUAAAGUCGACGAGAAGAACUACACUUUUGAGCAAUUGAUUUCAGAUCUUAGGGAAAUCUUGAGUGAUUCUAACAAGACAAACGACAUUAAACAGCUGCAGAACAGUUGGAGAAACAAAAUGAACGACAUUGAACAGCGCCAUAACGAAUCUAUUCAAUUCCCUGAACUUUUUAGAAAUAAGGACAAUGCGGAGGAGCAUAGUAACAUGAAGAAUUACUUGUGCCAAUUUUGCGACCAGAACUUUAAUUUGCAGGAAGAAUUGAAUCACCAUAUGAAAAUAAUCCAUGAACUACCUAGUUAUCCCUACGACAAUGACAGUUCAGAGGUAUUUAAAGUCGACGAGGAGAACUGCACUUUUGAGCAACAAAAUCUUAUGGAAAGUUUGAGUGAUCCUAAGAAAAUAAACGACAUGAAGUAGCUGGAGAACAGUUGGAAAAACAGAACGAACGAUAUUGAAGAGCGUCACAACGAAUCUAUUCAAUCCUGUGAAUUUUCCAAAAAUAAGGACGGUGUGAAGAAGCAUAGUAACAUGAAGAAUUACUCGUGCCAAUUUUGCGACCAGAACUUCAAUCUACAGGAAGAACCGUCAUAUAAAAAUAAUCCAUGAACAACCUGGUUAUCUCUACGACAAUGUGUUAUUUCAUGAAUUGACUCAGAACAUAUUGCUUUCCAAAAAUAAUACCCCGGUUACGAGUCGUCCAGAAGCCCACGAUGUCGACUCAGGGAUGAUCGUCAGGGUGGAGCAGGUGGACUCUUUGGUGUGUUCUGCGGCAAACGUUUCAGAUGCAAGAACGACCUAGAGAAACGCAGGAGCUUGGAUAAUUGCCUGCAAUG